UGGGGGCUGUGGGUGGGGCUAGAUCCCCAGUUCCCCAGCUGACUUGUUGAACUUGCCACAAGUUAGAUCAUCAUGUUACACACACCUACACACACACACACACACACACACUCAUGUGCCCACUGUGCAACAGGAGCUGUGCAUAUAGGCAACAGUCUGGAGUGGUGCCGACUCACCCUGCCUCCAUGGCCUCAAGCAUGCUCCUGCCUCUGCUGAAACCCCCAAAUCCCUUUCCUGCCUCUCUCUUGCUCCAUCUUCCAGUUUCAGUUCAGGUGCCACCUCCUCCAGGAAGCCUUCCAGGAACUUCUACCUUCCAUGCCUCCUAUAGGCUCCUCAUUCACCCUUUGUGGUUCGCCUCUAAAUGCUAUCGUCCUUUCCUCACUGAGCUGUAAUCAGCUCCCCGCAUUUCCCUGCAAUCACUGGCAUGUUCUUUCCAGGCAGGGCCCAGGCUGCCAGUCCCUGUUGCCCUGACUGCUGAAUAUUCAUUCAGUGAGUGAGUCAGCAAGUACAUGAAUGAGCGUCUUUCGGGGCCUCAGUGUUCCUGUCUGUCCAAGGCCCAGGUUAGACCAGGGCAUCCUUUCUGCUCAAAAGCUCCAUGGUUGUGGGCCCUCAGAGGAAGCCUCUGCUGCUGCUAGGUUCCAACUACACCCUCACCAGCAGGGCACAAUGGAACCCCACCUAGAGAAUGCGAACAUGGACAGAACACUGGACCCGAGACAGCUUGUCACCAGCCUGGCCAUGCAGCACACACCACCCUGCGCAGAUCUCUGCCUGUCUGUCCCACAGGACCCGAGCCUCCCCAAGGGAACCACUGUGUCUCUUUCAUAUUGUGUCCCCAGCGUACAAUUCAAGUCCUGACAUGCAGCAGACGUUUUGUCUAUGUUUGUUCAAUGAAUGAAUGAGCGAAUGAAUGAAAGUUAAAGACAAGACAAUGAAAGUACAAACUUCAGCAAAACCAAGAUAUUCACCACAGCAGAUUACCAGGCAAAUGGGUAAAUGGAGAUAGUUGGUUCUCUGUCAAUAAGUAAAUCGCAGGGAACAGAGGCUUUCCUGGAGGCUGAGGCUGAGGCUGAGCUGAUUGUUUCUUACGCAGAUGAGGAAGCUCAAGUUCAGAAAGGCCCAGGGCUGCCCAAGGUCCCAUGGAAAAUCAGAGGCAGGACAAGGGGUUGUGAUGAUGGUCGAUUCUGUCAGUUAUUAACCCAAGCCUAGAGUGGACAUGUGAGGCCAAGCACUUGUGGCAGAGAAAGCUAGGAAUGGUCCAGUGUUAGGUCCCAGAGAGGCAGGAAAACGCCUGUGCUCUAGGUAAGGCAGAAGCCCUAGAAGGAGGCCCCCCAAAGGUUAGCCCAUGAACGAUUUGUUUUUUCCAACAAAUAUUGUUGAGAGAGCACUCUGCGCUGAGCGCUAGGAAUGAACCAUGCAUGAGACAGAGUAUCUGCUCUCAUGGAGCUUGUCUUCUAGUGGAGAAACCAGACAAACAUGUCCUAUCAUGCCAGAUGGGCAUCAGAAAAACCAGGCAGGGUGAGGGUGGCAAGGGCAGAGGUGGGGUCUCUCUGGGGAGGUGACCUUUGAGCCAACAACUGAGUGAAGGAAGGAAGUGAGCUGUGGAAAGGGUCAGAGCAAGGCUGCUCCGGGCAGCCAACAGCAAGAACACAGGUCCUGAGCAGGAAGAAGAAGCUUGACCAAAGACCCCAGAGGAUGGAAGCCCCUUGGUGGUGGCCGCUGGUCACUGUGCUCAUGGCUGGGGCUCAUUGUGUGGCUCUGGUUGACCAAGAAGCUUCGGAUCUCAUCCAUUCUGGCCCCCAGGACAGCAGCCCUGGGCCUGCCCUGCCCUGCCACAAAAUCUCUGUGAGCAACAUAGACUUUGCCUUCAAACUCUACAGACAGUUGGCUGUGAGCGCCCCUGGAGAGAACAUUCUCUUCUCCCCGGUGAGCCUCUCCCUGGCCUUGGCCAUGCUUUCUCGGGGGGCCCCAGGGGCCAGCAGGACCAAACUCCUGGAGGGCCUGGGGUUCAACCUCACUGUGGUGCCUGAGGCGGAGAUCCAGGAGGGCUUCUGGGAUCUGAUGCUCAGGCUCCCUGGGCAGGGUCCCCGGCUCCUCUUGACCAUGGCCCAGCACAGGUUCAGUGGCCUGGGCACAAGGGCCAACCAGAGCCUAGAGGAGGCCCAAAAACACAUUGACGAAUACAUAGAGAAGCAGACCCAGGGGAAGCUUGGGGCCUGGGAGAAGGACCUCAGCAGUGAAACCACAGCAGUUCUGGUGAAUCACAUGCUCCUCAGAGCUGAGUGGAUGAAACCCUUUGACUCACGUGCCACCAGCCCAAAGGAGUUCUUUGUAGAUGAGCACAGGGCUGUGUGGGUGCCCAUGAUGAAGGAGAAGGCCAGCCACCGCUUCCUGCACGACCCUGAGUUGCAAUGCUCUGUGCUGCAGAUGGACCAUGCUGGGAACACCACCACCUUCUUCAUCUUCCCCAACAGGGGCAAGAUGAGGCAGCUGGAAGAUGCCUUGCUGCCUGAAACACUGAUUAAGUGGGACAGUCUGCUCAGGACCAGAGAACUCGAUUUCCACUUCCCCAAAUUUUCCAUUUCUAGAACCUACAGACUGGAGAUGCUCCUCCCACAAGUGACUGUGGGUGGAGGCUUCCCUGGGCAGCCUGGACUGAACAUCUCUAAAGUCACUCAUAAGGCCAUGAUGACUCUGGAUGAGAAGGGCUCUGAAGCUGCUGCAGCCACCAGCAUUCAGCUCACCCCCAGGCCUCACCCAGACCUUGACCUCUCACCCACUCCAGGCACUGAGUUCAGUCGGCCCUUCCUGGUGAUGACUUUCCACAUGGAAACGGGAAGCAUGCUUUUUCUGGGGAAGAUUGUAAAUCCACUGGGAUAACACCCCCUCAGACAUGCUGGGUGACUCAGAGGGAACAGAAUGGCCUACACAGCAGGGACCUUCUAUUAUAGACUCCAGUUAAAUGAAAAGUUGCAUAUACCUGGGGUUUUUUGCUUGGUUUUCACAGGAACCCAUGGGGGUAAGGUGAUUAAGGCUAUUCUCCCUGCACACAGGCAGUAAUUACCAUUGAGCAAACACCCACUAUGUACCAAAUGCUUUCUAUCUUUUAUCUCAUUUUUAAAUGAAUUAUCACAACAAUCCAACAAAAUGAGUAUUUUGUUGAACCAUAUGAAAUUGCUUAUAUUUGGAUUGUACCUAUAUUUUGUAAAUAUUUUUUAAAAAGGCAACUUCUAAUGAUUCAAUCCUUCUCAUAGCUGAGGAUCAGAGAAUUUCAGAGACGUGCUCCAGCUCACUGAGCUAGAAAGCAGGUGAACUGCUUUCCAGUCUUAUCCAUUUUGCUAAAUUAAUGAAUCUCAAACUUUACUGUAUGCACAAAUUCCCUGUGUGUCUUUUUAGAAAGCAAAUUUUGAUUCAACAGGUCUGGGAUGGGGCCUGAGGUCCCAUAUUUCUCACAAGGUCCCAGUGAUGCUGAGGUUACCGGCAGGGUGGCUACAUGUUGAGCAGCAGGUUGCUAAACGCACUUGCCCCCAUGAUCCCAAAAGAGGUUAAGUUGGUGUGACCAGCAGGGCAGGGGAGUGGCAUUGGUCCCUUAAUUCAUGUGUGGGGCUGAGAAAAAUAUGAGCAACACCUUUUUGCAGCCUACAGACAAAGCCUGCUUUAGGGCCACCUAUUAAUGAGUAGAAUGGGAAAAAUGAGUGUCCUAAAGAUUUUUUUUGCCCAGUCUAGACACACAGCGGGUAUUUGUAACUGUCUGUACCCACUGUAUUAGUCUGUUCUUAUGCUGCUAAUAAAGACAUACCCAAGACCA